GAGCUACAUAGAAAUGGAGAAGAGGUUGAAGGUGUGGGUGUACAAAGAAGGCGAGCCCCCAUUAUUCCACAGGGCUCCACUCAAAGACAUUUACUCUAUUGAAGGCCACAUGAUGGACGAACUUAGCAACCAUCUUAACCCUUUCGUCGCUUCCAACCCUGAUGAGGCCAACGCCUUCUUCCUCCCCCUUUCCGUCACCAACAUCAUCCGCUAUCUAUACACACCACGCCUCACCUACGACCGCAAUCCCCUGCAGACCGUCGUCACCGAUUAUGUCCGCCUUCUCUCUACUAAGUACCCUUAUUGGAACCGCAGCGCCGGAGCUGAUCACUUUUUUGUUGGAUGCCAUGAUUGGGCACCAGACGUUUCCACCGCCGACCCUCAUCUUUUCAAAAACCUCAUCAGAGUGCUGUGCAAUGCCAACUCUUCCGAAGGUUUUCGACCCAUAAGAGACGUCUCAUUGCCGGAAAUCAACGUCCCUCCUCAAGCCCUCGGUCCACCCGACCUCAAUCAAUCACUACUCCACAAUAUCAAUAAAUAUCGCACAAUUCUUGCCUUCUUCGCCGGCGGACCUCACGGCCACGUGAGAAGAAGACUUUUCAAGUACUGGAAAGACAAAGACAAGGACGUUCAAGUCCACGAAUACCUUCCCAAAAACCUAAAUUAUUUUGAACUGAUGUCGCGUUCCAAGUUCUGUCUGUGCCCCAGCGGGUACGAGGUAGCAAGUCCGAGAUUGAUCGAGUCGAUGCAUGCGGGAUGCGUGCCGGUGAUCAUAUCGGAAGGGUACGUGCUGCCAUUCAGUGAGGUUCUUGAUUGGAGGAGGUUUUCGGUGCAUAUUCCGGUGAGGAGAAUAGCGGAAAUGAAGAAGAUACUGGAGGGAGUAGGGAGGGAAGAGUAUAUGGAAAAGCAGAAAGAGGUGAUGGAAGUGAAGAAGCAUUUUGUGAUGCAUCGACCGCCUCAACCUUUUGAUUUGUUGAAUAUGGUGCUUCAUUCCGUCUGGCUUAGAAGACUCAAUGUUAGGCUAAUCUAA